ACCCCCGGCCCGCUCUCCCAUCUGAGUACAGUAGAAAUCACUGCCACCGUCCUCUCUCUCUCUCUCUCUCUCUCUCCACCGCACCUUUCGAGGCUUUCCUCGUCCCUGAUCCCAGAUGGCGAAGCUUUACAUGGUCCACUCGCCGCCGGGUGAGGACGAGGUGGCUCGCUCCGCCAUUAGCUAUGAAUGAACUCAAGGGGGCUUCGUCCUCUUCCUCUUGCUUCUUUAAUCGGUCUGUUUCUCGACUUCCUCUGGGCCUGUGCUGUGCUCGAGGAGCAGAUGAACAGCUUCUGUGCGGUGGUAGGAGGCCGUCCGCCUUUCACGGCGGCGCAGUGGCAAGAGCUGGAGCACCAGGCACUGAUCUUGAAGUAUCUAAUAGCAGGAGUGCCCGUGCCGCCGGAGCUCAUCGUUCCCAUACGGAGGAGCUACGAGGCCUUGGCUGGACGAUAUUUUCAGUCUUCGAGCGUAUUUGCAGGAACCCAGGCACCCACAGUUCAAACCCUAGUUACGGCGUAUUUGAAGGAAUUUUUCCUCAACCAAAGGAUGCUGGGCUUCUGGGCUGGUCGCCACGUGCGCUUCCCGAUUUACCCUGGUGACCGGUGGGAAACUUCCGUAGGGCCGGUGAGCUACUAUUCCUACUACGGGAAGAGUCCAGAUCCAGAACCAGGGCGUUGUCGCCGGACCGAUGGAAAGAAGUGGCGCUGCUCCAAGGAUGCAUACCCUGGCUCCAAGUAUUGUGAGCGCCACAUGCACCGUGGCCGUAACCGUUCAAGAAAGCCUGUGGAAUCACAAACUGUGUCCUCAACACAGACAACCUCGUCGACCUCCACAUCCCAUUCUCCCUGCGGUAACAAUGCCAGCAGCAGCGGAGUUAGAAAUUUCCAGAAUAUUGCCCUGCAUUCAACUGCUGGUCCUAGCAAUAGUAGUAGUCCAUGCCUCAGUGUCCCCAAUGUAUCUCAGCUACCCUUGGACACCUCCACCCUGGGCAAUAGGUAUUUCACUGGAUUUAAAGCUGAGGUGGAUGAGCAUAGUUUCUUUUCUGAAACUCCUGGAAGUGAAAGGCACCUUGCGGUAGAUAACUCCUGGCGCCUUUCGACACCGGCAUCUAUAUUUCCGCCGUCAAAAUUCCAAGAUUCCUCCACUCUGCAGAAUGCAAAUGCUCAACUUCAGUCGGCAAGAGAACUUGGGCAGGUUACUCUUCGCAAAUCAUUUGGAAGGGAUUUCAGUUUGACAGAGCCCACGAAACACGACACUCAGUUCCUCCGACCUUUUUUCGACGAAUGGCCCAACGCAAGAGAAUCAUGGUCAGACCUUGAGGAAGACAGAUCGAACCACCACCCAACCUCAUUUUCCACAACCCAGCUUUCCAUUUCGCUCCCCAUGGCCUCACCAGGCUUCACCAACACCUCUUCCAGGUCACCGAACGAAGACUGAGACUGGAAUCCUAAAUCCUUGUUAUCUUCACUGAAUCCACCAACAACUUGCUUUCAGAAAGGUCUCAAGGUGAACUACAAUUGUGCUGGGAACUCAUUAAUAUCGCAUAGGAACUGCAUACAGGAAGUUGUCUAUCUGGUUAAAGACACAGAUGUCUCACUUGCAAGCUUGUUAUGUAUGAGUUUUUUGUUGGUUCCGGUAAA